AUGGCGAUCGGCAAGACAGCUAUGGCCUCGAGUACACCUUCUUCGCCUGAUCGGAACGCUAUACAACGGACUGCUGCCGCUGCCUUGCAAUCGAAGUCGGUUACGGUGGAGAAGCUGGACGGAUAUACCUUUCGGACAUACCGACUGAGGACCUCGGAGAGGUUCUUCUAUGUUCUGAGAUGUCGGCCUUCGUUCAACAUCCGGUUACUACGUCAUGAGGAAGGGUGGAUAGAGACGGAAGCUGGGACUCUUCAAUCCAUCGGUGGGAGAGCCGAUAUCUUCACGCCGAGGUUGAUCAAAUACCAAAAUACCACCUUGCACAUCGGGAGCUUCUACCUCAUCACUGGGCCUUUCACCGGAUCCAUUCUGGCUGAUGUCGAACCAACGUUGUCAACCCAUGCUCUCGCUAGCAUAGACAAGAGUCUUGGCCAGUACGUCCGUCGAUUGUCCAUGAUGCCGGGGGAGGUGUUCGGUCCAGUACGGCAAAGUCAAGGCUUCCCCGGCUUUCGAUCAUGGGCGAAGGCCUUUGCAUUCCUGCUGGAAUCGAUCAUGCGGGAUGGCGAGGACGCACUGAUCAGCCUCCCAUACGACCACGUCCGGGACCUUGUCCGGCGACAUCGAUCGUCUCUAGAGAAGAUCACGCAGCCCAAGCUGGUCCUGCUGGAGCUGUCGGCGGACAGAAACGUGGUUGUCGAUGUCAAGGCAGAGCAAGUGACUGGGCUCCUGGACUAUUCGACAGCGAUAUGGGGCGACCCGUUCAUGUCUGAUUGCUUUUACAAACCCACCGCGAGCUUUGCGGAAGGUUUUGGUAAGCUGCCUAAUCAGUCGGCUGAUGAGCGAAUACGACAGUACCUGUAUGUCGUGUACCACUCGAUGCUGGCCAUCGUGCGGCAAUUCUAUCGGCCGUCGGAGGAUGAGAACGAGAUGCAAGCGCGGCGGGAUUUCACGACUGCUGUCCGCCAACUCUCUGGCCAGUGA